UAGUAAUGCGUUGCGUGCUGGGCCCACAUUCCAUGAAGAGGAUCUGUACAAGAGGCUUUAAGUCUUCAAGUAGCCUCAGGGAGGUGGUUAUUGUAAGCGCAGCCAGAACACCCUUUGGGAGCUUUAUGGGCCCACUUAAAGACCUUCCUGCUACCAAACUGGGAAGUAUAACAAUAAGUUCAGCAGUAGAGCGUGCCGGGAUCACUCCGGAGCAGAUAGAGGAGGUGUACAUGGGUAAUGUGCUCUCAGCAGGGAUGGGACAAGCUCCUGCUAGACAAGCUGCACUUGGAGCUGGAUGUCUGGACACGACCCCUUGUACUACUAUUAACAAAGUGUGUGCCUCUGGGAUGAAGAGUAUCAUGUUGGCAGCUCAAUCUAUUGCUUGUGGAGCUAGGGAUAUCAUGGUAGCUGGAGGUAUGGAGAGUAUGUCUAAUGUUCCAAUGUUUGAAAACAGAACUGCACCUGUUUACGGAAACAGAGUUGUAAAGGACGGUAUACUACACGACGGACUGACGGACGCGUACACACCCGGACUACACAUGGGACACUGCGGAGAGGACACAGCAAGUACCAUGUCCAUAUCACGUGACACACAGGACGAGUAUACUGUGAGGAGUUACAACACUGCUGCAGCUGCUUAUCAGAGUGGAGUACUAAGAGCAGAAAUAGUGUCAGUCCCUACCCCCAACAGGAAGAACCCUGACCUUACUGUCACCGAUGACACCGAGUAUGCUAAUGUAAAGUUUGAUAAGAUCCCGACACUUAGGACAGUGUUUGACAAAGCAGGCACUAUUACAGCAGCUAACAGCAGUAAACUAUCAGAUGGGGCUGCUGCGUGUGUACUUAUGUCACGUGAUAUGGCGGACAAACUGGGGGUGGAACCUCUAGCUAAGAUACUCACAAUGGCGGACAGUGCAGGACCCCCCAUAAAGUUCCCCAUCGCCCCAGUGCGUGCUAUGGAGCUGUGUUUAGAGAACCUGGGUAUUAGUGUAGAGGAUCUCCAGAGAGUGGAGGUUAAUGAGGCUUUUGCUGUGGUUGCUGUAGCUUGCCAGCAGAUGUUGAACAUUCCUUCGGAGAUAUACAACCCUAACGGAGGAGCUAUUUCCCUUGGUCAUCCUAUUGGAGCUUCAGGAGCCCGACUGAUAGGCACGAUGGCACACACCAUGAAAUCAGGAGACAAGGGACUAACUGGUAUUUGUAAUGGCGGAGGAGGCGCGUCUGCUGUUAUCAUUGAGAAAUUUUAGAGGAGAGGAGAGUUUUAGGACUGCUUAUAGUCUCUCGAUUAGCUGAGACUAGUGGUGACUUUUUAUUUGGUUUCUUUACAAAACUUCCCUUUUUAAUAGAUUAAUGAAUGUAGGCAGGAUUUUAUUGCCUGUUGAAAUAUUAAUAACGUGCAAAUUUAGUUCUAUAAUAGAUAGUAUGAUGAGGGUUUGACUUGUUGACUUAAGGUUUUGGGGGGUCUGCGUCCCUGGUCCUGUCCCGCCGUCCGUGCUAAAUUAUGUUCAUGCUCCAUUUGUCGUUAGUCUCUCCAAGUUUUCAAACUUUUUUCCACAUAUUUUCUACGGCGUUUAUACGCCUUAUAUAAAAGAACCUUCAAUAUAACAUCGUGUUGAUAGCAAACAUUAUAUGACAGCGUUAAGUCGCACAGUAGUACAACUAUGCUAUAUACCUGGUAUUCUUAGUACUACAUUUUCUUAAUCGGACUUUAUAAGCAGGGGUAGAUUUUCAUAUCUUUUAUUUGCUGUGUGUUUAGUAGUUUA